AUGUCUUCAAGCUAUCAAUCUUCAAGAAAUUCUAGCUCCACUUGGACACCGAGGGAAAACAAACUGUUUGAAAAGGCUCUAGCCUUGUUUGAUAAGGACACACCGGACCGGUGGCAAAAUAUAGCUAAAGCUGUUGGUGGAGUGAAAUCUGCUGAGGAAGUGAAGGAACACUAUGAAAUCCUUAUCGAAGAUCUUAAACAUAUUGAGUCCGGCCGCAUUCCUAUUCCCAAGAUUCCAUCCCAAUGGCAGGGUAGGUCCAUCCGUCCAUAUGCUAAACUUAGAUGGGGAGCAUUUAUUUCUAAAGAGCUAGUUAAAAAUAAAGCAGAAAUUGGAUCCUCUAUGCCACUUGAUUUGGCUCACAUCAACUUAUCCACUGCUCUAGUCAACUCUGCGUAUGAAGUAUCUCGAGCUGUAUGA